CUGAGGCACAGAUAGAGGCAAGUUUUACUGCCACUCCAAACUUCACAAAGCAACCUUACUUAGAAAAGAAAAUUCUGUGGAAGCAUGUUUAAUCCAUAAAGUUGCCUUAUGAUUACAUAAGAAUUUUUCUGAAAAAGAAGCAUGUCAGGAAACGUUGGAUGCCACUUUCUCGUCUGGGGACUUAUAGCCUUCUUGGGUUUGGCUCUGGUUAUAUCGCUCAUCUUCAAUAUAUCUCAUUAUGUGGAAAAGCAGCGGCAAGAUAAAGUAUACGGGUACUCUGAUGACUACAUUCCCAGGGAUGAUGAAUAUUUUCUUGAAGACAUACCAAUUUAUGGUAACUUAGAUGAUGUGGUCUCAGAACCCACAGAUGAAAAUUGCUAUGAGCAAAUGAAAGCCCGGCCAGAGAGAUCUGUGAAUAAACGGCAAGAAGUGGCCCCACCUGCACAGGCAGCCACUGAACCGCAGGUGUGCUACGGGGCACUAAAUCACAGCUGUAAGGCGAAGCUCAGAAAGCCCAGGAAGCAGGACGUUCCUGUGUCACACAAAGAUGAAGAUGAGCAACUCCGUGCAUUGGAUGCCAGCAUUUCUAAGACCACUUUGCUAGACAGUCUCCCACCGGGAGGCCAGGAAGUAGAGGAAAACAUUCAUGAUGAUCCCGUCAGACUGUUUGGAUUGAUUCGAGCAAAGAAAGAUCCUAUAAAUUAGCUGGACUAUUAUCUAGCUCACUGAUUCAGCUCUUACUGGUGAUGGUUGUUGAAGAAAACAAGGUCCCCACCUGACACAGGGCGAUAUGGCGGAGUGGUGGUCGGCUAGUUUGUUAGUGGAAUGGUGGUUUACUUCUAAUCCAGAGCACCUAAUCCUGCACAACAAAUGUAAUGCCGUGAAAACUAGUUAUUUGAAUUCACUUAAAAGUUGCCUAAGUAUUAAAAUGUAAAAUAAAAUCGAGUUUGCAAAUCGGGCUUGAUAGCAGAUUCACAACUUUAUCAACAACACUUUAUACUCAGGGAAAUAAACACUUUUAUUUUAAGCAUAAGUAUGUUCUGGAACACAUUGGAAGAAAAAUAAAAGUCAACAACUUUUUUGUUGUUAAAUUUCUCAGCAAUGUGAAGUGCCCCGUAAUUGGAAGACAUUUCUGAUUGCAAGAUGUGGGAGACAUUAAAACACAUUGCUAAGAGAAGGCAGCAGGAUAAUCUUCUCAGGUUUUUUUUUUUUUCUUUCCAAAUAGAAAUAACUUUAUUAGUUUUAAAAUUUUUUUAUAAAAAUAAUACAUGUCCUUUGCAACAAUUAGACAAAUAUCAAAAAGAAUUUUAAAAUGCCAAUAGCCAGAGAUAAUCACUAUUAGCAAUUUUUUAUAUAUCCUUCUAAAUAUUUUUCCUCACAUGUCCCUGUACAUAUAUCAGCUGCUUCAUUGUUUUUACAAAGAAAGGAGGUAUUAUUUUAUACAUAUUGUUUAAAUUUUUUUCACGUAACAGUAUAUUGAGUUACAUUUAAAUAUAACAAAAUAUAGUUCUAUAUCAUAAUUUUUAAUGUCUUCAGAGCAUCUCAAUAAUGGUUAUACCAGAUUUAUUUAAAUAAUUUUGAAAUACAGUCAGCUUGUUUCCAACUUCUGUUUUUUGCUUUUACAAAUAACAUUGGGAUGAGCAUGCGUCUCCACACAUGUGGGUACUUGUCUGACUUCGUUAGGCUAAAUGCUUAGAAAAGGAAUUGAUUGCUGUAUUAAAAGGUGUUCAUAUUUUGAAGCUUUUACCAUAAUGUACCUCCAGAAAAUUUGUAGUAAUUUACAUUUUCGCUAAUACUUUAAGAGAAUAUCUAAUUUCCCAUGCUUAUGCAAACAUUGAGCUUCAUUUCUUUUCUAGUAUACCCAUUCCUAUUUGCCAAUUUCAACUAUGUAUUUCUUAAUUUACUGAUAAAUUGUUUUUCCAUGUUUAUUGACAAUUUGUAAUUCUUCUUUUGUAAAUUGCUUACUCACAUUCCUUUUCUAUUUUUUUUCUUAUCAAUUUGUAAGAGUUCUUUACAUAUUAAGGAUAUUAACAUUGUCUAUAAAAAUGUUGAUGUUUUUCUCUUAGCUUGUCAUUUGUAUUUUGAUUUUUUUUCUGUUGUUUUUAUAGAAAUACUUUUAAAUUUGUCACUCCUCCCUUGUGGUUUCUGCCUUUGUUGUAAUGAUCAGAAAAGACUUCCAACCUGAAAAUUAUGAAAGUAGCCACUGUAUUGGUCUCAUUUUUUAAUUAUCUCAAAUUAAUUUAGGUAUAAGAAUAUCUUAUCUAAAAUUUGUCUCCCAAAUUUUAACCAAUUGUUCUGAUGAUUUAUUGACUGAUUAUUUGCUGGAUAUUCCAUCCUUUGACCACUGAUUAUAAAAAUCCUCUUUAUCAUAUAUCAAAUUCUUUCAUAUUCUUAGGUCUAUUCCUGCUCUUUCAUUGACUUGUCUUCUGGUAUCAGUACCAUAAUACUUUAGUUAUUUUUUUAUUUUAUUUUAUUUUAUUUUUUUUAUUUUACUUCAGGUGAAGGCUUACAGAACAAAUAGUUUCUCAUGAAACAGAAGUACACAUGUUGUUUUAUGA